GACGAUGCUGCUCGUCCUUACCACUUCAUCGUCCGGUCCAUGUCCGGCAUCUAGGAGAUCUCCUCAAUGCUCAUCGUCUCCAUUGGUUUCUGCACCAGCGUUCUUGCACCUUGGUGGUCUUUGCAGUGGUCUGGUCGAAAAUGCGGAGCCGAGACUGGCAAUCUGAGUGUAUCGGUCCCAACGAAGCCUUCUGCUGCAACGCUCAAAACGGGACAAACACUGACUCGGAAGCCGGAAACUAAGAGGGAUGAGAAUUCAAAAUUGCAAGGUCAUUGCUACGUGCAAUCAUUAAAGGACCGAGGCGCUGGAAUACAUCGUAUCCAUUCGACCCGGGACAAUGGUGAUACCGCGAGCUGGAGACCAGCACGUACAGACACAAAUGCCGGUUCGAAUACAAGCACUCUGGAAUGAAUGAUCUGCGGGUAACCCAAAAGAAUAAUAGAAGCCCGAGGCGGUUAAAAA